AUGGCGUGCGAGGGCUUGGUGGACUGGAGGGGGAAACCCAUCAACACAAAGGUUCAUGGUGGAGUCCGAGCUGCAUGGUAUCUUUAUUUUCUCAUCGUAGUGAAUUUCUUGGUGCACGUGCCAAACCUUCAGAAUAUGACGACGUAUCUGCGUCAAGGCUACGGAUUGCUCACUAUGCAAUCCCACUUCCCUUGGCUCCACCCGGCACCCUGCAACUCAUCCGAAGCAGCGGACGCAACAAGCAGCUGCAGGCAGGUCGACGGCUGGAGGUCCGCGCUGCUGUACAUAGCCCUGUACACCAUCGCGCUCGGAGAAGGCGUCAUGCUCGCCUGCAUACCUGCCCUGGGCUCCGAUCAGUUCGACGGCGACAACCCCUCGGAGGCUCGGCAGCAGUCGAGCUUCUUCAACUGGUUCACCUUCUGCCUGUCCAUCGGGUCCGUCGCCGGCCUGAUCCUCGUCGUGUGGCUCGAGGACACCAAAGGAUGGGACAUUGGAUUUGGCCUGAGCGCCCUCUUCAUUCUCAUCCUCAACGGUGGCCCACAUAUCGAGCUCUCUGCUAAUCGCGUUCACCGUCCAGCAGGGCGCGACGACGAACACGAAGCUGGGGAAGGUGCACGUCUACCCCGCGAUGCUCUUCAUCAUCCCCUCAAUCUUCCAGACACUGAUGCUGGUGGCGUACGACCGGCUCCUCGUGCCGCUGCUGCGCGGCGCACGGGCUACACGGGAGGCAUCACGCAGCUGCAGCGCGUCGCCGUGGGCUUCCUGGCCGCGUCCGUCGCCCCGGCCGUCGCGGCAGUCGUCGAGAGGAAGAGGAAGGACACGGUGGCGGCCGGCGGCCACAUCUCCCUCUUCUGGCUGGCGCCGCAGUUCUUCCUGGUCGGCGUGGAGGACACCACCGCCUUCGUGGGCUGCUCUGCUCGAGUUCUUCACCGCCGAGGCGCCCGACGGCAUGAAGUCCAUCGGCGUGGCGUUCUUCUGGUGCCAGGCCGGGAUGGCCUCGCUACUGGGCACGCUGCUGGUGAGGCUGGUGAACAGGGUCACCCACAGCAGCAGUGCCCCUGGGUGGCUGGAGGGGAAGAACCUCAACAGCAGCCACCUUGA